AUCACAACUUGCUUAAAUGCUAUAAAGUCCAGAACUCAGUACAACGCUUGGAUUAUGACCAUUUUGCUGCGUUCACACUAGGAGUAAAACUAGCACCAUUCCAGUUUGUUGAGUUAAGAGAGCUAUUGUGAACUGGGAAGUGUAACAGAUCACGAAGCGUCUAUCUGGAGACAGCCUUUGAGGACCCUGAACUCCGCAGCAGGGAAAUCAAUUAUAAUAUGCUUAAAACAUUAUAUUGGAGAUAUUGUGUGAUUCAGAGCGUAUAUUUGAAUUACAAAUGUAAGUAGGGGUGGAAUACUUAUUUGUUUUGGCUAAUAAAAGUGGCGGAAAAAGAUUACCGUUUUAAAACUUCCCUGACUUGUACACGGACAGUAAACGCAACGAGAUCACGUGACUGAACACCGGAAGUGACUCGAGCGUCAACAUCGGGAAAGGGUGAGUGUGCAGUUCUUUAAAUAAGUGCGCGAUUCCUGAGGAUAAAACAUUUACAGAUGGCGUCAUCUGACUGGCACCUGUCUUUGAAGCUGGUAAACCAGCCCAAAUCCACCUUCCACUUCCCUGAGAUGAUGCCAGGGGAUGUUGCACCAGGAGGAUACAGAGUGGCUACCCUCAAACAGCUGGUAGCAGCCCAGCUCCCCAACUCCAUCCCUGACCCUGAGCUCAUAGAACUGGUCCAUUGUGGGCGUAAACUUAAAGAUGAUCUCACAUUGGAUUCUUGUGGGAUUCUACCGGGAUCGACCUUACAUGUACUAAAAAAGAUGUGGCCGGAACCUGAGAGCAUUGCAGAACCUGUGAACAGAGCCACUGCGGCCCGAGAGUUUAGAAUGCUCCACGCUGCUCUCCAUUCUCUGCACUCCACAUAUAGAGAUUCAGUCUACAAAAUGCUAACAAACAAAGAGUCUCUGGAUCAGAUCAUCGUGGCCACACCCGGUCUCAGGUCAGACCCAGUGGCGCUCGGCGUGCUCAAGGACAAAGAUCUCUUCGUGCAGUUCACAGACCCCAACAUGUUGGACACACUCAUCAGUUCCCACCCGGCCCUCGUCAACGCCAUCAUCCUGGUGCUGCACUCUGUGGCCGGAAGCAUGCCCGCCCAGUCCGCCGCCUCCUCGUCCCGCAACGCGUCGGCUAGUUCCUACAGCGACAUGCCAGGAGGCUUCAUGUUUGAGGGCAUGUCUGACGACGACGAAGACUUCCAGUCCGGCAGCCCGGCGGGUCCAUCGAGCAGGCCGGGGUCUUCGGUGGGAAUACGGCCGUUAUCUUUGAACCACAGCGGCGCCACGGGGCCUCGACCCAUCACGCAGAGCGAGCUAGCCACGGCGCUAGCCCUUGCUAGCACGCCCGAAAGCAGCGCCGUGACACCGACGACAGCAAGUCAGGCGGAGUCCUCCAGUGGCGCCGCCCCCAUGCCAGCAGGGACCCCGGUGAGCAACGACCUCUUCAGCCAAGCACUGCAGCAAGCCCUCCAAGCCUCCAACAUGUCAGCCCUGCAGGGCCGCUGGCAGUCUCAGAUGCAGCAGCUGAGAGACAUGGGCAUCCAGGAUGAGGAGCUGAUGCUGAGGGCACUGCAGGCCACUGAUGGAGACAUACAAGCGGCCCUGGAGCUGAUCUUUGCUGGAGGACCAGGACUCUGAGCACAGAACCAAUCUAUGGACCAGGACUUUACCGGAGAAAGGAUGAUUAUAAGAAGCAGGAAACGAGACUUUUGGGGAUUUUCUGGACGUAUGGUCAACUUUACUGCUCGUUAACACGCAGACAUUUUGGCAUGUUUACAUGCUGGUAUUUAAGCAGCGUGAUACCCUCACAUGUCUUUUUUUGACUUGACACCUCUUGUAAUAAAUUCUUGAAAUGAGAAAAACAUGUUUUAUUGGAUAUCUAUAAAGGAGUAUUAGACCCAUACUAAAAAUACAACAUAAGUGGCCAAAGUCAUAAUUUUAUAAGAAAGCAUUAGUAUUGUAAUCACAAUUUGAGAAAAGGCCAUAUCAUUACAAUUAUUACAAAAAAACUUUAGGUAAAACAGUUUUGAGCAAAUGGUGUGCAUUUAAGUAAUAAUUUUUUUAAAAAAAGUUCCCUUAAUGAAAUUCUGACAAUAAAAUUGCAUUUAUGUUCAAAUAUAGGUGUCAAAAAUUCAUCUAUUCCAUUUUAGAAAAAGGCUGUAACAAAAAAGUGAAGCCCUUUGAAUACUUUC